AUGUUAACAAGUGAGAAAUAUGUGGCCGAACUGUCAGCACUCGCAGAAACAACGCCACCUAGCUCGUUCAGGAAAACUACAGCACUCGCAGAAACGAUGUCAUCUAGCUCGUCUAAGAAAGUUGCAGCUCCCAGGAAGAAGAAAGAAAAUAAACGUAAGAAUGAGCGACAUGAAAGAUAUUGUUACAGUAACCUCUGUGCUGUCUGCAACGGCAAUUUUUUUGACGACGAAGAGGACGAGGGAUGGAUUCAGUGCCAGAAAUGCCAAAAGUGGCUUCACGAUAUUUGUGCCGGGAUUUAUGGAAAACACAUUGUGUCCUUCCAAUGUGAUGACAGCUCUGCUUGA